AUUAAGGCGAAAGGGAUUCGGGCUCAUGUGGUUAAAAACCACAUGACACUCGAGGACCAUAGGAAGUGUUUGUUUGGGGAAGUUGGACUGGAGUUAUACAAAGAGAAUGUAUCGAUUAGAUCAUUCAAACACCAGUUGAUGACUAUAAAAACGAGAAAGCUAACGUACAACAGUUACGAUGACAAAAGAGUGGUGCUAGACGACAAAAUACAUACACUGGCCCACGGACACUAUAGUUUAGGGAAAGACGAACUCGAGGAUGAUUGGCCUGAAUUGGAUGAAGAAGGACAUAACUGGACGGGGGAAGAGAAAGACUUAAUGAGAUUGCUUUUGCAGGGAUAUAUGUCAAAAUAA